UACAUCACAAUUCUUAAACUAACACAAAAUGUUUGUAUACGCUUGUCUACUCUAACAAAGGUGGUUUGUAGUUUAUUAAUAAUGUUUGUUUGCACAUUGUUUGACUUGUCCCCUCAAAAGGAAAAUAAAUAUCUGUUGACAAUUGCCAAAGUUGUGUAUCACAAAGGGACACUUGUUAUACGCUCAUAAUGUGUUUUAUAGUUUGUGGACACACUCAGAGGGUGAGACAGUCAAACCAAUGUGCAUUUAUUAUCAUGUGCGUCUACAGAGGUGUCAUGUGGUGGCCCCGUUCCGGUUUUUCUGUCAGGGUUCGAAACGCACGUGCCGUGCUUAAUGUGUGUUGAUGGAGGCAGGUUAGGACCCCAGAAAUGUGUGUGCGUGCGUGCGUGUGUGGUGUGGUACUGUAGUUUUGCUAUUUCUUUCAGCAUUUAUUUACCCUCACGUCAGAAGAUAUUUUGAAGAAUGUUGGUAACCAAACAACAUUGGACCCCAUUGACCUCCAUUGUAUACUAAGGACAUAAAACCACUAAGACAUUUAUCAAAAUAUCUUCUUUUGUGCUCCACAGAAGAAAGAGUCAUAUACAGAUUUUGGACCACAUGAGGAUAAAUAAAUGAUGACAGAAUUUUUAUUUUUGCAUGUACUAUCCCUUUAAAGGUCAUAGUCGGACUGAAUAGCAUAAAUAAUUGUAUUUAUUUUUUAAGAAAAUGCAUGUUCUUGUUCACUGAGUGUUGUGGCUGGUUGUCCGGGCCUAAAUUUAAUUGGUAUUCCUAAUCACCCCUGCAAUAUCUAUUGUAGUGUCUCUCUCCUUCUCUCUCUAUGACAGAAAUGUUUAGUAUGACGAUGAUUUCAGCCUUCUGAAAAUGUCACCGUUCUGCUCUCUUUCUCUCAGCACAGAGAACUAUGUGUGUAUGAGAGAGAGAGAGAGAGAGGCAAUUUCGUGACACUCACACAAAUGUACACGCAAACUACACACAGAAACUUACCAACACAUGGAGAAAGCGGGUGACAGAGCAAAAUACAACCACAGUUUUUAUAUAUACAGUAUAUAUAUAUAUAUAUAUUAUGAUUUAUGGCUAUAGCUAUGAUCAGCAAUGACUAUAAAAAUGUCAUAUUUUAGGUAUGGAAGCGACAUAUGCUAGUUUUUCGGCUAGUUUUGAUAGUUCAUGGGCUGGUUUUUGUACAGAUCUGGCAACCGUGGGGAUUUGUUGAGGCUCCUUAGUAGGCUCUGGCCCUCUGAUUGAGAAACACUGUCGCAAAAUAUAUGUGAAAUUUUAGCUCAGAGAUAAAAGGGCUCAGUUAUAAUUCAUAAUUUGACUACAACAGAUAUGAUUUACAUCAAUAUUUACAAUAUAAAAAAAACACUCAAAUGAAUUAAGUCUGUUAGUCAUCAUCUUAUGCAAACUACUUUCUUUCAAACGUCUCUCUCUCUCUUAUGCCCUCUCUCAUACUGUAUAUCUACUCAGUUCCACACUGUUUAGACUAUUCAAAUGAAAUCCUCUCUUCUUUUCUUCAUAAUUAAAGCAGGGAAAAGAACAAAGCCAGUGAGAGAUGAGAGGAGGGUGUUCCCCAGGCCAGAGAGGGCUCGUCUGGGUCCCCUGCUGAACCGACAACCCCUGGAGCUGCCACCCGCUGCUCUGCCCAAAUUGAACUGACAGCAGCGUUUUCCUCAGAAAACAAAAAGUCCUGACUACCGGAGAACAGUGCUGUGUGCAUUUAUUUGACUUUAAACAAAACCUCUAACCACAAAUAUGAAAUUUUGGUUUGAAACCUUUGUUCUACAGACUUCCAUCUGGUGUGUUGAGGAGAGCUUUUACCGGAACUCGGAUGAUUGCUCCUUGGAAACGCCUUAGCAACUGCAUAGCAACACUUUGGCAACCAACCAGAACCAUCUUAGGUUAAGGUGAAAAGGGCCUGUCUUCAUCAGUAUGGCGAGUGUGCUCUGCAGGAGGGCCAGACAGGUGAGCCGGUCAUCUGUGGUUCAAGCACUUAUUCAGAGAGUUCGAGGAUUUUCAGCCGCUGGGUCAUCUGGAUCAGAUGAGCCGUUUAUAGCCAUACCAUCUCAAAACUCAGCAGGUCCUAGAACAGUAUGGCCGGAUGAGGCGAUGGGUCCGUUCGGACCUCAAGAUCAGCGUUUCCAGUUGCCAGGCAACGUGGGUUUUGACUGUCAUCUGAAGGGUACGGUCUUACAGUUUACAGGACCGGUCCACCGGACUGUACCGGAUGUCUUAUCAGCGCCAUCCAGCGCUGAGAGACAUGAGUUUAUACUUGCUCAGUUUGUUAAUGAAUAUCAGGGUAAAGAAGUAUCUCUGUCGGCACAGACGGUCAGUAAAGCUGAACACUAUUUUAGUCUCGCAGAUGUAGAAUGUUUAAUGCGAUCCUGCCCACAGCUGCUUAGGAAAGAGUUAGAACUGUUCUUCCCAUCGCUACCGAUGAGUCCCAUCACUGUUGUCACGGUAACACAGAAAAACUGGAAGCUGGAUACGGAGGAAGUAGAGCGAGCGCAGGAUCAACUGUUAGAUAACUUUGUCAGUGGUGCUAAAGAAAUCUGCUUCACGCUGUGGCGAGGAGGAUACUGGGCAGAUUUCAUCAAUCCCAUGUCAGGGAAGGCCUUUUUUGGUGCUCAGACACAGGACACUAUCCUGCAGGACGACGUUCGGCAUCACGCCGGUUUUCACAUCGAGGACCUGGCAUCUUGCACACUCAUACAUCACAUCUUAAAGGGGCCGCCGACGUUUGUGUUGACUCUCAUCACUAACGCACCUUCCAACAGUCUGAUCAUGGAGAAACUUCAGGGAUGCUCCAAAGCUUCGGAGGAAGGCGACUGAUGUUUUUAAACUUGAGUUUCAGAGAUGAACUGUACUGUUUCCUAUCACUUAAACAUAAGGGAGCUUUGACUAAGAACGUGCUACUUGUGAUGUUACAAAAAUCUUUGUAAAGGAUUUUAUGUAACGGUUGAUGUCAUUCACAAAAGGCAGGAAUGCGAUUUAUUUAUAAUAUAAAAUCAAAUAUGAACACUUGCAGUAUUGUCUACACACUCGCACAGAAUAAAAACAGGACUGAAACCACGCGGUGCUUUAAACUAUAAGCCUUGUUUCACACUGUCGACUUGAGCGAUCGUAGUGUUGGUAAAACGUUGUCUAGAUUCUGAACGUCUGAAAGAGAGAAAAAAAAUCAACCAACGUUUAUGUCUGAAAAUAUUUUCUGUAUUACAUUUUCGUGUUUUUUUUUAAGCAAACGCAAAACAAACUGCUAAAAAAAUCACUAGAAUAAAUUUUAUGAGUUUGGUUAGCAGUGAAUAAAACGUUUGUCCUCACCCAAAGUUUCCAGAAGCUCAAGUAUGAACGAAUGAAACGCAGGAAAGAAUUCUUCAUGUUCUUUUAACUUUAUGAUGAUGCUGUGAAACACCAAAAUAAACAGAUAUAUCUC